AUGAGCCAAAACCAGGCAUAUCAAUUCGCGAUCAUUCCAUGUCAGACAGAUGGCACUCUGACAGAUGGGGAGUACAAAAAAGAAAGACCGACGAAAGAUGAGAUUCUUGACAAAGAAUAUGAUAUCUACCUUCAGACUCAUAAUGAAGAGUUUGAUACGCCACCAAUGAAUUACGAAGAAUAUGAGAAAUUCAUUGAGGAACAAGUGGAGAAAGAACGUAGUCGGCAUCUUCCAACUGAACACUCAACCUCUAUUACUACCAAUGUCCAAUCAGAACCCUCAUUCGCACCACUCCUCUAUUUGCCGAUUCCUUUACCAACUCAUCCAACUUACUUCAUGCCUCCGACGUCCAAUUCCUUGCAUGUACCACAGCAAGAAAUGAAGUUUCACCAGUUAUCUCAGCUCCAUCAUCUGCAAUACGGAUCCAGAUCUUCUCUAGCUCCUGUAGACACAUCUUCUCAAAAAUCAGCUGACAACCCGAUUCGUUUGGAAGGAGCCUUAGCUACUCAUCAAGCCCAACCUGCUGUCGGACCACAUGCGAUCGCUAAAAACACUCCAUUAUUCGCCCCUUCUUGUUGUAUAUUAUUAUAA